AUGUGCGCAUGCGUAAAACCCUCGCUCUCGAUUGGAGGAUAAUCUCUAGCGAGGGCGGGACCGUUUCUUCCGUACCUUUCUCUUAUUGGUGGAUGGCCCUGUCACUUUGGGGUCUGUUAGCCAAUCCCAAGCAGGAACGUCAAAAAGAGGCGGGGAAAACCUCUAGUUUCUCCCUCUUUUUGGGGGGCCAAAAACUACACCUCCCACCAGCGCCAGCGCCAAGAUGUCGGUUCUCGUUUGCCCCGUGCGCGCGGCUGCAUGGAACGUUGCGGCGCCAACGUUCCGCUGCUGCAGUUGGUGGCAUCGAGGAGGAGGAGGAGGAGCGCGAGCGCCUUUCAGCACGCGCGCCUGGUACCAGAUGCUGCUGAAGCAGCGAGGCUCAGGGAAAGCGGCGGGAGACGGCGGGAAAAGCAUCUUGGGGCCUGCAAGUCCUCUGGGUCGUCAGGAGCUCCUGAAGGUGCUGGAGGAAUCACUGGUGCACAGAGAUGAUGCACUUUUGGCCAUCAACAAACCACCUGGCUUGCCUGUGACAGGCAAGCCAGGGGAACUGACUUUGCUGUCUCUUCUGCUGGAUCUAAGCCAGAAGCUGGGCCUCCCACAGGAUCUCCAAGUGAUCAGAGCUGCAGGAAAGGAAAGUUCUGGGCUUGUUCUGCUCUCAAGUUGCCCAAAUACUAUCCGUCAUGUCCAUAACUUCUAUAUUCAGUCUCGAAGAGCAAGAAAUCCAACCGCUACCUAUUGUGCCAUCACUACCAGGAUUCCUGAAACCUCAGAGGGUGAGAUUAGUACAGGCCUCAAACUGAUUCAAGUUGAAGAUUUCGACCUGGUGGUGCCUGUGGCUUCCCCUUCUCAUAAGAGCCUCCAAAGGAAGGAGGUGAAAAAAACCCUGACCCGCUACAAGGUGCUGGACUCCCAUGAAGGCUGUGCGUUGCUGCAACUACAGCCACUGACAGUCUUUCCUAGCCAGCUCCUAGUGCACUUGACCCUGAUCCUGAGCCCUGCACUAGGGGACCACAUAUAUUCCUCCCGUGUGGGAACAGUCCUAGGAGAGCCAUUCCUCUUGCCUGCUGAGAGUACCCUGCCACGGAUACAGGUACCAGACCUUGGAAUGUUACCCUUCUCUGUGUUAGAGCCCUAUGGGGCAACUAAGCAGGCUAAUGGAAUCCAUGGACAUCACUGGAAUUUCAGUAUAUAUUCACAUCUCUGCUCUUGGUGCUCCGAGACUAUUAUUAGGGAUAGAGUGGCUGCAGCUAAGCUUUUAUAGCAAAGGUGGGCAACUGGGGAGGGUCUGGAGAUUAUACAAGUUGCACAAUUCCCUCUCCUGCAUUAUAUGGUAAGAUUGGCCUGUUCAUCAGUUAUCAAGUCAGAUACUAUCAAUACUUAUUGUUUGACUGCAUUCAAACAUCAGCUUCUACUUGAAACCAAGACUACCUCUGGGUAAAUGAUCUCUUGUCCCUUGUCAGAUUUUCAUGAUGGCAUUGUCUUUUAGCCAUAAGUAAGGUAUACUUUUCCACUAGUCCUGCAACAAGCAAAUUUAGCAGUGUAGCAAAAUUCUUUGAUGCAUGGCAAAUACAGGCCACUUGCAGUAAAAUGCAGGUGUCCCUAGUUUGGAAUACAGGUGAUUUUUAAGACAGGGGAAGAAAUUAAUUUCUUAUGAAGUUGCUCAGUAUAGCAGUUUGUGAAACAAUGUGUAAACAAACACAUUUUUCUUUCAGUAGUCACAAUAAUAAAGUGUAUAGGAAUGCCUGUAUUAGGAGAAAAUAUACAGGAAAGGUAUACAAAUAAAAAUAAUAGACAAAAAUGUAUUACAUAAAUGAGAAUAUAUAAUUUCCUCUAACUAUAUUGGAAAAUGUGCUUGUUAAAAAAAAAGCAACCCAGGUUCAAUUUAAAUUUUUAAACCUCCAGAGGAAAUACUGAUCAUAUGAUCUGCAGAAUCAUGUCUUGUUUGGCCCAAAUGAAUAAAAUGUUCCAGCCCAUUCCUUAGCAUGAUGCUCCUUUCUGUUUUGAUGUAAAAAAUCAGAUAAAAUGAGACUUUUCACCUCAGCUGCUUUGCUGGAAAAGCAAAAGGGGGGGGGGGGGGGAGGACUGGUAGUCAGUUUGCUU